UCAUGAGUGAAUAAAUCUUGAUAGUUCAACUGUACUUAAGCAUUAUUAUGGAAAGUUAUCCAAAUCCUGAAGAUUUGGAAUAUGAACCAAAAAUAAGUGAAUCUACGAAUUAUUUAAAAUUUCUGAAACUGACCCAUGAUGGUCAUCAUUCUGAAGAUGAAGGACAUUACGAUUCAGAAGGGUACUAUGAGGAUGAUAUAGUUGGAGAUAUAGUUAGAACUGAAUCUGAUCAAAAUUUUCUAUAUUCAGACUUGCCAGAAGUAGAUGAACAUUUGUAUGACAGUAGUUUGAAUUCCCCAUCAUAUGAAACUGUUGAUACAGGAUCAGAGCCUCCCAUACCAGUUAUUGUUGAAACUCCAGAGGAGAGAGCAGAGAGACUGAAACUUCUGCAGGAUGAGUUAGAAAAAGUUGAAGAAGAAAUUGUCACAUUAAGACAAGUUCUAGGGGCCAAAGUAAGAAGAGCUGCUGAAAUUAAACGACAAAUGGGAAUAACACCAUUUCAAGAAUUUAAACAAGAUCUCCAGCAUGGGUUUAAAUCUAUUCAAGAUUCAGAUGCGUAUCAAAAAACAAAUGAAAAAAUUCAUGACAUAAAUGAUAAGAUAACUCAUUCCUCAGCAUACCAAAAGACAUCAUCUGCAGUUAAAACAGCAUCAGAAAAGACAUCUGCUGCUUUCUCUACUGUAGGUUCUACUGUAUCUAGGAAACUUAGUGAUGUUAGAAAUUCCACAGCUUUUAAGUCGAUGGAAGAGAAGGUUGGAGGUGCAGUAGCAAAUGUUAAAGCCAAAGUAGGUGGUAGCAAAUCAGAGAACAAUUUUGAAGAUGCAUUAAUUGAAGAAACCAAGGGAGCGAACUCUGAGUCAGCUGAAUCCAAGCCUGUAGAUGAAAAAAUUCCAUUGUAAUUUAUAACCAGUUGUGAAAACGAAUUAUGACAAAUGUGGAUUGAGAUAUGAUCAUGUAAAAGUGAAAAAGGGUCAAUUAAUUAUUAGUACAUAGUAAAUUUUAACUUUUAUUAAUAUAAUAAUUCUGUAUAUUUUGCUAUAUAUGUUAUGUCCUUCAAUAUAAGUAAUUUGGUAACUAUUUUGUAGACUCCCAGUUUAUGAAAAUUAAUUUACAAGCUCUCUCAAUGCAAGGUUAAGGAUUUACUGUACAGGCAAUUUUCAAUAUAAUGCAAUUUCCCGUACAACUUCCAUGUGACAUUGCUUAUUGUAUUAUGUAACAGUAAGAACUGAUAGUUCAAUGAAAUCAGUUCGUGAAUCAAGUCCUUAUGGUUUCAACUAUAUGCUGUGAAUGUAUUUCAGCGGUAGAAAAAAAGUCUGAAAAAAAUUCUAGUAAAAUAUUAGUUUGGUAUUUUUUUAAUUUUAAAAUAAAUAUCUUACAUUUUGUAUAACUUAACUUUAAUAUUGUAACAUGUUUCCUAGUCAAUAUUUAAAGUUAUUUUUCUAACUGGGAUAUUAAUUUUGGUUUUUUGUUUGGGCAUUCACUAAUAUGAAUUUAAUCAACCCAUAUAUAUGUCAAUCAUCUAGUUUUGUAGGUAGGUUUAUAUUUAUACUUAAAGUUGAAAUGGUAACAGAAUUUUAUAUAUACCUUAACAUUCCAGUUUCAUCAUCUCUAAAUAUAUAAUCCAUAACAAGUGGAAUUUCAAAAACAUUGCUAAAUUUGGGUAAGUUUUUGAAUGAAAAAUAAGGUUUUCAGAAUUAUUAUAACUGAAACUUUAUCAUGUUUAUGUAAAAUUAUUUCUUGAAGACAAAAUAAUAAAAAGUUGGAUUUUUUUGCGAGAAAGAUCAAUUUAUGUCAUUAUUCAAUAGAUCUCUUGGCCAGGCGCUUAGAUUCACUUUCCACAGAAAAAGAUGCAUAAAAAAUGCCAUGAAAGUAGACUAUCUUUUGGUUGCCUAGGUCACGGGCCCAUUUUUUCAAAUUCUGAGAUCCACAACUGAUUAUACUAUCGACAUAACGAAUGCCAAAUCUAUAACUAGCUUCAUAAGUGAAAGCGUUGAAAAUGAAAAUGAAAUAUUAUCAUCAAAAAUAUUUUAGUAGGCAAAAGUAUAUUUUUUUGAAAAUGCUGUCUUAGAGAAUUAGCAUAUUUUAUCCAAACAAAACCGCUUUAAAUAUUAGAUUAAUAUAAAUAUGUAUGAAUUUAAUAGUAGCACACUAAUAAAAUUAGUACAUUUAUUUGUUAGAUUUAAUACCAUCUUGUGUGAUUUAAUGGUCAUUUGAGCUUUUUGAAAGUGCUUGCAUGACCUUUAUACAUAAACAGAUAUAACAUUUGAUUUCAUAAUUAUAGUGAUAUUGAAAGCUUAGUCUAAAAUGCUUAUGACAUAAUAUAAAGUUUAUUCUUGGUAUAUUUGUGGCAUGAAAGUAAUUGUUUUAAUCAAGUAAAGAAAUGGAGAAAAUAUUUUACAGUUUAAGCCAAAAUUGUAGUGCAAUAUAAUUAAAUUAAUUGCAAAAGCAUUGUCUGUAAUAUGUUGUUUAGAGUUUAUUUUGGUCUCAAGUCCUUGUUUUGGGUAUAUAUAAUUUUUACUGUAAAAUUUAAAAAUAAGAUAAUAUAUUUUUUUAUUUGACAUAUAUUCAAUAUUUUAUGUAAAAUUAAUUUCUUGAAGACAAAAUACAAAAAAAAAGAUUUUUUUUGCUAGAAAGAUCAAUUUAUGUCAUUAUUCAAUAGAUCUCUUGUGUUUUUCAGUAAGCAGUUCUUUAUCUUCUUUCAGGGGUCAACUCUCUUAUAAGUUCAGUUGACCUUUAUUUUUAAGGAUCAACUAUUAUGAAUUUGGUUGAAGUUGAUCUUAUUCCAAAAUGAUUUCAAUCUUAAAUUUAUUGAUUACAUGUAAAAAUAAUUCCUUUCCCCAAAAUCUGAAACUAGACAUUGGCCUGUUAGAUAAUAACAUUUCAUAUUUAUUUGUAUAUUUUGGUUGUGUAUUUAUAUAUUUUGAUGAAUGAGGGUGGAUUUGUAUGUUUCAUAGUGCUGUAUAUAUCCCUUGCAAUAAAUGCUAGCUGUCUUGUACUGGGUAUCAUAUGCUCCCUGGUUUUAAUAGACAACUUUCGAGUUCGAAGCAUUUCCGUCAAAAACUCUGGUUUUAGUGAACAUCAUUCUUGCGUUAAGGUGCGUCGUUACUUCUGUUCCAAUGUUGAGCAAAUGGUUGGAAAACUAUAGAUCUAUAUUGUACGAAUUAUG